GUGUCCUUUCUUUUAUAUUAUUUUUAGCUUAUACAAAUCUUUUCUCAUUUUAAAGUUCAGUGCAUCUUUUCGUAUGACAUGAAGCUAGGAAAGUGACCCGGAGAAAAAUAGAAGACUCUCACAGAUUUCACAUGGCUUGACAGUUUUUUUUUUUUGAAGUACAAGAGAGACUUGAAUGAGCAAAGGGAGACUUGGAUCAUCGUAUGAACAAGAAAACAAGAGAGACUUGAAUAAGCAAAGGGAGACUUGGAUCAUCGUAUGAACGAGAAAACAAGAGAGACUUGGGUAAUACUAUGAACCACAAGACGAGAGACUAGGGUUAUCCUAUGAACAAGAAGACAGACUUAGAUAAGCAAAGAGCUCUAUAUAUUUCUCCUCGAGUUGUUUGUAACUUCAGUCCGACACAAGCUUGGAAUACAGAUGAAGAUGAAGACGAAGAUGGGUUAUCUCCUCCUGAUAUUUCUCUGUGGAAUACCUGCAUGUAUCUCACAUUCUUCUCCUUCUUAUUACUCUGAUCAAGAAGCUCUUCAGGCUUUCAAACGCUCUCUUUCCCAUGAUUCCCAAAAUACUUUGUUCAAUUGGUCUCCUAAUCACAGCCUUUGCAAUUGGACUGGCAUUGCCUGUUCUGCUCGUCAUCAGCGUGUAGUUUCUUUGAAUCUCACAGGUAUGUCUUUAACUGGCCCUAUCUCUCCUUUUCUUGGGAAUCUCUCUUUUCUUAGAGUGCUUGUUCUCUGGGAUAACAACUUCUAUGGCCAAAUUCCACCUCAACUUGGAAGGCUUUUUCGCUUGAGACAGCUUAGGAUGACUAGAAAUAAAUUGGAAGGUCCAAUUCCCUCCACCAUAGGAGAGUGUCGUUCUUUGCAAUAUCUCAUUCUAGCUUAUAACAAUCUGACUGGCAGCAUUCCCUCUCAGCUUGGCCUUCUUUCAAGAAUAGAAAUUAUGGGAUUUGGAGGAAACCUAUUGACGGGAACCAUCCCACCAUUCCUAGGAAACCUGUCUUCCUUAACUGUGUUGCAUCUGGGAGAAACUAAACUCCAUGGUAGUAUUCCUGUCGAAUUAGGAAUGCUUACUCAACUAAAGGAGCUUUAUCUCAACAAAAACUACCUCACAGGAUCAAUUCCCAUUGCCCUUUUUCACUGUUCUCUUAUCGAACAUUUGUCAUUGGCUACCAACCAAUUAAGUGGCACAAUACCAACUCUCAUAGGAAACUUGUCCGCUUUGAGUUUUUUGGAUUUGGGAGAAAAUAGCCUCCAUGGUGUUAUUCCUCUUAAUUUGGGAAUGCUUUCUCAACUUGUAAUCCUUUCUCUUGACAGCAACUACUUAACAGGACCAAUUCUACCUGCCCUGACCAACAACACACAUCUCCAAAGUUUGUCAAUGACUAGCAACAAAUUGAGUGGACAAAUUCCUAGGAAUUUUGGCAAACUAUCAGAGUUGCAAUAUCUAUAUUUGGAUGAUACCCAUCUCUCUGGAGAAAUCCCAAGUUCCCUCUUUAAUUGUACUUGGCUUCGUGUGCUUUCUUUAGCAAAUAACACCCUGAAUGGCACAGUGCCCUUGGAGAUUGGUGAAUUCUUCUACCUUGAACGGCUUAGUUUAUGGGGAAAUCAUCUUGUGAGCAGGGAUUUGUCCAUUUUAACUGUCUUGACCAAUUGCUCGUAUUUAGAAUGGAUAAAUUUUUCUGAUAACUACCUCACUGGCAUCUUGCCCUCUUCCAUUGGCCGGCUAUCAAAUAUAUUAUACUUAUUGGUAUUGGAUACUAAUAAAAUUGAGGGAAGCAUACCAAGUGAGAUUGGUAACCUCACAAAGUUGGGAAUAUUAGAUGUAUCUAACAAUCACCUCAAUGGGACCAUUCCAUCUACACUCGGUCAACUCUCAAAUGUUGAGAGACUGUCCCUGCAUAAAAACAAUUUAUAUGGAAGAAUUCCACAAAGUUUGGGUGGAAUAACAAGGCUUUUUUUGUUACAACUGAAUGAAAACAUGCUUUCAGGGACAAUUCCAGACAGUCUUGGGAAUCUUCCACAACUAAGAAGACUUUAUUUAGAUCACAAUCAACUGUCAGGCAAAAUACCUGCCAGUUUAGGGAAAUGCAACACAUUGGAAAGAGUGGACUUAUCUUACAACAGGUUAAGAGGAAACAUGCCUCCAGAAUUAUCAGGUCUUCAAAAUCUUCAAUUUUUUUUCAAUAUUUCCAACAAUUUGUUAAAUGGUUCCCUUUUAGAAAUGAGCAAAUGGGUAAUGGUUCAAGCAAUAGAUGUGUCUCUCAAUCACUUCUCAAGUGAAAUUCCAGAAGCCUUGUCAAGCUGCAUAGCGUUGCAGUAUUUAAAUCUUUCAUGCAAUUCAUUCAAUGGUUCAAUACCAGCAUCACUCACAAAUCUGAAAAAUCUUCAGGAUAUUGAUCUUUCUAGAAAUAACUUAUCGGGUGCAAUCCCAUUUGCUUUCACAAAGAUGAAAAUGCUGCAGCAUAUCAAUGUCUCUUCAAACAGGCUAACAGGAGAGGUUCCAAAGGGAGGAGUUUUUUCAACACUUAAUGAGUCAGCAGUUUUGGAAAAUCUUGGUCUUUGUGGCACAUGGAUUAAUUUGCCUCCAUGCUCUCCUUCCAAACAUGGACAGCAUUCAAUCUCCAAAAGGGUAAUGGUACCCACUGUGAUUGGCAUUGCAAUCUUUAUCAUGUCUUUUUUAUUAUUCCUAUACUCCUAUAGGAGGCAUACUAGUCAGAAUACCCCCGCUAUCCAUGUAGGACCCCAGAGAACUUCAUAUGAAGAACUUGUAGAUGCAACUGGUGGAUUCAGCCAUACUAAUCUGUUGGGAGUUGGCAGUUUUGGGUCUGUUUACAGAGGGAUUCUCAACAAUGGUACAAACAUUGCUGUUAAAUUUCUCAAUUUGAGAGAUGAAAGUGUUCUUCAGAGUUUUAGUAGAGAAUGUGAUAUUUUAAAGAGAGUCAGACAUCGCAAUGUGAUUAAAAUUAUUUCAGUUUGUUCGAACCUUGAUUUUAAAGCUUUAGUUCUUCCUUUUAUGUCAAAUGGAAGUUUAGAGAGAUGGCUACAUCCAGAGGAAGCAGAUGAAAGCAGAUUAAGUUUGAGUGAUCGAUUAAGAAUAGCAGUGGACAUGGCACAAGGAAUGACAUAUUUGCAUCAUCAUUGUUUGGUGCAAGUGAUUCAUUGUGACCUGAAACCCAGUAAUGUGUUGUUAGGGGAUGAUAUGACUGCAUUUGUAGCAGACUUUGGUAUUGCAAAAUUACUAUUUGGAAAUUCAAUGGAUUCAUUGAGUUUUACAAAUUCACUCAAGGGAUCUAUUGGGUACAUUGCACCAGAGUAUGGAGCGGGAGGAAAUCUUUCUACAAAAGGAGAUGUCUAAAGUUAUGGAAUUCUUCUUUUGGAAAUGUUUACAGGGAGGAGACCAACAGAUGAUAUGUUUGUGGAAGGAAACAAUCUACAAAAAUGGGUAGGUAUGGAUUUUCCAAAUAAAAUCACAGAAGUGAUGGAUAAUAAGUUGCUUGAGGAUGCCAAUGAAACUGAUACAUCAAUGGUAUUGGCAUGCCUUACUCAACUUUUGCAAGUGGGAAUGGUUUGCACAAUGGAACUGCCACAACAACGUCCACAUAUGAUAGAAAUAAUUGAAAGAUUAGAAAAAAUAACCUCUGCAUUUCUUGGUACUCCUAGAACCUUUCAAUUGCCCAUAAAUAUCUCACCCUUGAUUGAGAAUACAAGCAUGAUAAAACAAAUGAACAAUGAGAGUUACUCUUCAUCUACAUCUUAACUUCUUCCCUCACCUUAUAUCAAAAGCUAGUUAUUGUUUUUUCUUCUAAUGUUGUAAGAAAGUGGUAAUAUAUUUCCAUGUAUUGUAAGGGUUUAUUAUACAGCCAGGUUGAUAAGUACUCCAUUUAUAAUGUUGGGUUUAACUAGAGAGAUUUAUAUGUACUGUGCAAUCUAAUCAAAGAGUAAGAAUUCCAGUUUCAGAUUCAAAAUCAGUUAAGUUAUGAAAUGAUUUGUAUCUUCCUUUCAGUCA